CCGCCAGGCGGCGGCCGCGCUUUCCGCGCCUGCGCCCAGCGCCCCACGGCGGGGGCGGGGCCGCUGAGCAAAGGGGCGUCUCUCCCGCCGGCGCGCUGGGGCGGAGCCGUGGGGCCGAGUGGUCCGCGCCCUGCGGCCUGACCUCCCGGAACGCCGGGGCCCGUGACGUCACCUCGCCGUGACGCGCACGCUGUAGGAAAACUGAUUAAUUAAAAGAAUUUGCCAUAUAUCUUAUGACUCUACUGGAGCUGUGGGAGAUAGUUUUAGAAGAAAAUGUUAUGCUCCUAUGAAGCAUAAGAAUGUGUCAGCAGCUGCCGAUGAAUUGAUAGGGACAGGAAGUACCUGUGCCAGCACUGCCCUCACUGCAGGUACCAAGCUUCUGUUUGGACACAGCUCUGGUAAGUCUACUCAUAUUGCUUGUAGCACAUCUCUAUGUCCCCAUCCAACAACUUGGGAACAACAGGAUGGACAGAAACGAAACAAUGUCUCUUUGCAGGAAUUUACAGGAUAAUUUAAGUUUGCUGGUGUUUAGGCCAAAGUAAACUAUUUGCAUUGUUCAAAGCAGUGAGAUAAAGUAUUUUUUUAUGGACCUUAACCAUGUGUGAUAUGGUUUUAUACGGAGAUGGGUAGAUGAAUUUUUAGACUGAUUCUGUUUGAUUCUGCUUUAGAGAGCCAACAUGACUGGUUGAUAUUUCUCACUCUCCUUUAGUUCUCCAUUGCCUAAAACAGAGCCUGUCACACAGUAGGCUUUCAGUAACAGUUUGUUGAGUGAAUGAAUUAUACUGUGAAAUUACUUUUGUAGGUUCUUAAUUGUUCCAUAUAUGUGUAAUAAUGUUGCUGUCACCCUACUAGUCUCUCAUGAUGGAUCCUGUUCAAAGUCCUUUAUUAUUAAACAGUUACUUCCCUCACAGCAUUCUAUGCCUGAGUCCUUAAGUGAGCUACACCUGGCUGGCCUAACCAUGACACUGCUCUGUCAGAGAAAAAAAAUGACAUUUAGUCAUAAAUUACUUAAAUUAUAAAUAGUCUAUUAACAUUUCUUAAAACCAAUAAGUUUUUAUUAUUGUCAUAGUGGAAAAACGCUUUUAUUUUCUUCCGAGGAUUAACUAUUCCUAGGAUCAUCGUAAAGCACUGAAUAGUAAGGUCAGUAAGUCCACAAAUGCCUAUAGAAUGCUAAUAUAAACAGCAUGGUGCCUGGUAUUGAGGGUUCUCCAAAUCUGUGUACAGCCUUGGUCCUGCCACCUAAAGUCCCUUAGAUUUCUCAAUGAACAGGACAAGUACAGUAGUCAAGUUAAACAACAACUUAAGGUACAUGAAAUAUGGUUAUAUCCUACGUGAGAGGCCUGAACAAGAAUCAAGUAGCUUAGUGGAGGGAGAAAUCAUUUUGACUUGAGUUAGAGAGUGGUGAGAGAUUUGAGAGAGGAAGCCAGAGUCGGGCAUUAAACAAGGAAUUGAUUGGGGUUUGGAUAUAGAGUGAGGCAGUUUGACGUUUAUAAAUAUGGGCGAUAGUUAUCACACUUCCUUUUCCCAACAGCAGAGAAGAAGCAACAACAACAGAAAGUUGAAGUAUCUGGUAGAGACUUUUCUCCAUGGGUGAAUUAUUUAUUCCUCACUUUUUACUGAAGUGGAAUUUCAGAACAGCUUCUACCAAGGACAUACAGCAGCUCUUUCAGUUAUCAUAAGGAUCCACUUCAAUAGGAAGUCCUCCCAAAUUUCUCACCCAAUUAAAAUUCGGGAAGGCAGGAAUAAGAUUUAUUGAAAAGUUAUCAUUCAUGAUUAUACUUGGGUAAACAAGGCCUCGUCCAGUCUCAGUGGCAAGUUUUAACAGUGCUCUCUACUGAGUAUAUCCUGAUUUGAAGUCUAACAUAUAAGGAGAUAGAUCCAAAUUUACUGUUUUCUUGCACGAAUAUAGGGAGCUGUUGUCACUAUGGAUAAAAAUAAUCUCACAACAAUUUUUCAUUAACCUCUUAAAGGUUCUUCUCAAUAAAGCAAUUACUAUACUAAUAUCCCAAACUACUUUAAUCCAAUUAUAUGGUUUUGUAAAGCAAAUUAAAAAAUGGAUAGAAUUUGUAUUGAGACCUUUUGAUUUUAUUUACUUAUUAUUAAAAGUAAACACUUUAGUGCAUUUAAUUUCAGAGCCAAACUUCUGUCUCUCGUUUUAUUCUUUUAUUGUAUAAAGAGCCAAAGGAAAAAUAAUGUAGCAAAGAAAUGAAACCUGUUUUUCCAACAUAGUAAAGAUGGAACCUUAAGACAGUCUGCUGACUUCGUCUUUUUGGUGUUUUGGUCAAACAAAUUUAUGUGGCCCUGUGCAUAUUUCUGAAUAUCCCCAUUUGUUCAGUUGUAUGAAUUGCUGUCAGUGUGAUAAUGAAGGGGGCUAUAACCAGUGCUUGUUUUCCAGACUGUAUUUUUUGUGAAGAUCUAGAGUCUCAAAAUAUUACCUGGUGACCCAGGAUUAAAGAGUUCGGUGGUCAGCUAAUUUUAUGAAAGAUAAAGAUGAAUGCCAUGUCUCAUCCAGUACUGAAAAUCUGAAGUUUAGAAGACAUUUACUAAGUCAGAUCACUUCAAGGAAGUUCUAUUCAAGUCAAAUACAUCAGAAUGCAGAAUUCUUUAUCAGUGUCACCAAAAGAUCAAGGAGAUGUUUCCAUGCUCACCAGGCCUGAGAAGCAGCUGAAACAGAAAAUGUCAGAAUCUCCUGGAAAGACAGUGUGCACAGGUGAAUCAAACAUUCCUUCUGGAACAAUUCAGAGUGGUAAGGGUUUGCAGAAUAAGAGUCAGUUUAGGACCAUUGCACCAAAAAUUGUGCCCAAAGUGCUAACACCCAGAGUGUUAUCAUGCCAUUCGCCGUCACUCUCUGAUCAGGUGAAUCCAGGACCUUCCAUCAACUCCAAGCCCCUGGGGAUGCCCACCCAGAAUUAUGCUCUGAUGCAGGUUUCUGGCCAGGAGGGGACAUUUUCUCUUGUUGCUUUGCCGCAUGUUGCCUCAGCUCAGCCAGUCCAGAAACCCAGACUGCCCCUGCCUGAAAACCUUAAACUGCCUAUUCCUCGAUACCAACCCCCGAGAAAUAACAAAGGAUCAAGAAAGAAACCCAUUCUGAGCACCUCUGAGAGUGGUUGUAUCAAACCUCCUGCCCAGACCCAAACGUCCCCUUGCCCACCUGACCGUCCAGAACCCCCACACACACCCAGUCCAUCCGAGCCCGUGCUGGCUCUAGACCACGCCCCCGCCAGCAUCACCACGGCUGCACUGACCAAUGGAGGUGGCCACGGAGACUCUCGCCCUCCAGUGACCAACGACCACGGAGAUCCAAACCCUGCUGCCACCCCAACAUCAUCCACACCAGAGGAGCCCUCUGCCAAGCAGGGCCUCAUGCAGAUUUCAGGGAAGGCAAACUUCACAAGCAAGAAAAUACCCAGUAAGCCUUCUGCUGUGGCCAGUGAAAACCAGAAUGAGCAAGUGGACCUUGCAAAAGCCGUGACCAAUUCAGCACCAGCCGUUUUGGGCAAUGCAGUUCAGCUGAUCUCCUCAGUCCCCAAAGGGAAACUGCCCAUCUUCCCCUACUCAAGAAUAAAAAGCACGGAGGCUUACAGAAGUGAAUCGGAUGCUAGCAUCACAGAGUUUUCUUUACCUGGGCUCAGGGCAGACUGUGAUAAGACAGCCUCCAUCACAGAAGGCUUGAAUGCAGUCCCCAAAAUCGCCAACAAGAUCCCUGCCCCACAGGUGUCGAAGCAGAGUCCCUGUGAAAGUGCCUUUUGUCCGGCCACCAAGCUAGAUCUCAGCCACAAACCAAAACUCAGUGGUGGGGCAGCAAAGAGAAGAGGAAGAAAACGGAAGGUACCGGAUGAAAUUUUGGCGCUUCAGGGAAAAAGGAGGAAAUGUGUCAUUAAUAAGUGUAAAGAUGGUAAAGAAAGAGUAAAAACUGAUCCCCAGGAAUCCAGAGAUCAAAAACCUGGGGCUAUGAAGAAAUACCGUAGCAUUAUGCCUAAACCUGUCCUCGUCAUGCCAGCCUUGGCCCCCCUGGCUUCUCCUGCAGCCCCAGUGCAGUCCCACACGCUCGGCAGGAUAGCACAGGACGUUCUGUUCAGCCAUUCACUCACUCCUCAAUAUCUCGGCUGUAAGCAGGAUGACAGCCCUUCCGCCAAGCCCAGCUCUGCAUUCAGAAAUGGAUUCUCUGGCAUUAAGAAGCCUUGGCACAGAUGUCACGUCUGUAACCACCACUUCCAGUUCAAACAGCACCUUCGAGAGCACAUGAAUACACACACGAACAGACGGCCGUACAGUUGUCGGAUCUGUCGCAAGGCGUACGUACGCUCUGGCAGCCUGAGCACACACAUGAAACUCCAUCACGGGGAGAACCGUCUGAAGAAGCUCGUGUGCUGUGAGUUUUGUGCAAAAGUGUUUGGUCACGUCAGAGUCUAUUUUGGCCAUCUAAAAGAAGUGCAUAGGGUUGUCAUCAGCACCGAACCCUCCCCCAGCGACCUGCUGCCAGGGGACAUGGCAAAGAGCAAAGAUGUGAACGUACGGGCGCUGGAAGGGUCGGUGGAGAGGGAAAACAAGUCUCACCUGGAAGAAGACCUCCUUCUGAACCAGGCUGACGAAGUCAAAUUACAAAUCAAAUGUGGCCGCUGUCAAAUCACAGCUCAGUCUUUCGCUGAAAUAAAGUUCCAUUUACUUUAUGUUCAUGGAGAGGAAAUUCAGGGCAGGCUACAAGAGGAGAUCAUACCAGGAAACAAGGGAGCUCAGGAAGAACUGGUUAAACAGGCUGCUCCUUACUGGAAACAUCGUCCCGAAAGAAGAAAGCCCGCUGCACACUGUCCCUCCGACGAGGAUGUACGUGCGUUUCCUAAAUUGAAAAAGCAGCUCUGCGUUCAUCGUCAGAAUGACGUGGGCGUGCUCAUGAAAAGUGAAGGAGGCCAGCCGGUUCCGAGGGAGCCAGGGGAAGAGCCCCGGGGCCCUGGGUGUCCCAGCCCCCGCCCCGGUCUCCUUCAGUCCCAGCGGGGCUUCCACUGUGUCCUUUGUGCACAGACUCUGGGAAGGAAAGAGGAGCUCCUCCUGCACUGGGAACAGCAGCACAGCUGUCAGGACCCUCCCAAACUCUGGACGAUUUUAAACGCGCUCUCCAGCCAGGGAGAGGUGGAGCUGUCCCCGAAAACUGAGAAAUGAAACGCUGGGCGAGAGCGAGGUUAAAGAGAGUUUUGCUAUCACCUUUCUCUCGAAGCUUUGAGUUUUAUGGUGGUGCUUAAUUACAGAAACCAAACAAGUUAGGAUCAGCACUAAUGAGCAGAAGGGAUGUUUGUACAUAGUUUGUUUUCUUAUGACAUAUAUCUAUGCCCUUGAUGCAUAUUUUUCUAACCAUAUGCAGCUUAUUUUAAAAUUCUGUGUACUGUUAAUGUCUUAGACUUUAUUUCAGAAUAAAUAUGUAAAAAGAUCAAAAUUUGGAAAUUGAAAUAUAAAAGAUUAUAGGCUGUUCCUAAAAUACACUUUUCAGUAAAAACA